AACACUGGAAAGGUGCCCAGCAGUUGGUGUCUGGCUGCUCUGCUCUGGACGUGCUGCUGGGGGACAGAGGAGGAGGUGUCUGUGAGCCGCCCUGCCAGCCUGUGCUGUAUGAGGCCCGGGACAGCGGGAGUCUCUGUGGGUAAAUGAAAGUGAAAGUAUUUUAGAGCUGGAGUUUCCAUUUUGUCAAGAAACACGGAUAAGAUUCUGGAAUAAUAUAAAGACAUUUCAUAUUUCAAGAAGCCCCAGCAGGAGUCAUCUGGUCUGGAUUGGCACAAAAAUGGGGGGAGCUGCUUCUGAAAUUAGCCGCCCUGUGGAGUGUAAAACAAAGAGAACUGAGAGUGUCCUGAUGGAGAGAGCAGGCUCACCUGUACCCAGCUGUGUUUCCAUGAAGAGUGACAUGUCAAUGAGCCACCCAAUCAAGUUUGGAGAGGGACCUUUUCCUACAAAUCAAAGUGUCCUGAUGGAGAGAGCAGGCUCACCUGUACCCAGCUGUGUUUCCAUGAAGAGUGACAGGUCAAUGGACCGACCAAUCUACUUCAGAGAGGGACCUUUUCCUACAGAUGCUCGUCUCAAUCUGUUCCCUCCUCUCACUACAGAUCACAAUGUCAUCUGUGAACAUCAUAGUCCAUGGGAUAAGCCCGGGACCAAGCGUUACCGGGAUAUUGUAGCCACCCUGACAGUGCACUUUUCUCCUAAGUCCCUUGUAAUUGCAGAGCACUUCCGUUUCCAUAAGAGGAAUCAGGAGGAAGGGGAAACUGUGACCAUGUUUGUGGCAGCUCUAAAAAGGCUGGCGGAGCACUGCGAAUUCAACGAGGUGCUAAACGACAUGAUCAGAGACAGGCUUGUCUGCGGGCUGAGGAGUGAAGCCAUCCAAAAACGCCUGCUAACUGAGGGGGCGUUGUCCUUGGAAAAAGCCAUUGAUAUUAGCGUGUCCAUGGAGUUAGCUGCUAAGGAGGCUCAUCAGCUAAGCACAACUGGGACAUUACACAAAAUCUCCACUGAAGCAAAGAGUUCACAGAACAAAUGCUACAGAUGUGACAAAACAGGGCAUAAUGCAGCAGAGUGCUGGACCCCUCUACACCCAUGGGACUGGCUAGAGGAGCCGUGGCAGCGUGUCCACAUUGACUUUGCGGGGCCAUUCGAAGAUCGAAUGUUUCUGGUGGCAGUAGAUGCACAUAGUAAAUGGCCAGAGGUGUUCAUCAUGAGGUCUACUACUACGGAGAAAACCAUUGAAAGACUCGGCGAAAUGUUCAGCCGAUUCGGCUUCCCCGAGCAGCUUUUACUGGAGAAAAAGGCUCAAGCGUUUCUGAAAGAUGAGCUGAUGAAAUUGAAAAGGUACCUGGAUCAGAAUGACCCAGAAUGCUCUGAGCCUCAGCUUGAGGAGGACAGUGACCUGGACAGUGAUGGGCAUCUUCUGUUGCAGCGUCAGCGCAAAAUCAAAUGUAACCUGAAGCAGAUAUUUGAGUGUGUAUUUGAAGGGAAAGCUAAGGAAGGACAGCCAACACUUCUCAAAGAGAUUUACACAGAACUCUACAUAACUGAAGGGGGAGCUGGAGCAGUCAAUGAUGAACAUGAAGUGAGAUAGAUUGAAACAGCAUCCAAGAAAAGGGCAACAGAAGAUACUGCAGUCAAGUGCCAUGAUAUAUUUAAACCCUUAAAUGGGCGUGUGACACCUAUCAGAACUGUACUCACUAAAGGGGUGGCAGGUAUCGGGAAAACAGUCUCUGUGCAUAAAUUUAUUCUUGACUGGGCAGAAGGAAAAGCAAACCAGGACAUUCACUUCAUAUUUGCUCUUCCUUUCCGGGAUCUGAAUUUGAUUAAGGAUGAAUACAGUCUGAUUGAUCUGCUUCACCACUUUCUCCCAGAACUGAAAUCGCUUGAAUCCACUGAGCUGUUUAGGUACAAAGUUUUGUUGAUCUUUGAUGGUCUGGAUGAAUGUCGCCUUCCUCUAGAUUUUCAGAACAAUGAAAGCUGGUUUGAUUUAACAAAGAAAACGUCACUGGAUGUGCUGUUGACUAACCUCAUUAAGGGGAAUCUGCUUCCAUCCGCUCUCCUCUGGAUAACCUCCCGGCCAGCAGCAGCCAAUCAGAUAUCUCCUGAAUGUGUCCACCGGGUGACAGAGAUACGAGGUUUCAAUGAUGCUCAGAAGGAGGAAUAUUUCAGAAAGAGAUUUAUUGAUCAGAGCUUGGCUAGCAGGAUUAUCACACAUGUGAAAUCAUCAAGGAGCCUCUUCAUCAUGUGCCACAUACCUGUAUUCUGCUGGAUUUCAGCCACUGUUUUUGAAAGGAUUUUUAGUGAGAUUGACAGUGGAGAAAUUCCAAGGACUCUGACUGAAAUGUACACACACUUUCUGAUCUUUCAGGCGAGUUUAAAAAAUGAGAAGUAUAUGGAAAAUGGUGGAACCAAGCUUAAUAAUUGCUCUAAAUCUAGCAAGGAAUUACUUUUAAAACUUGGUAAAUUGGCUUUUCAUAACCUUGAGAAAGGUAAUCUCAUAUUUUAUGAGCAAGAUCUGGCAGAGAAUGGCAUUGAUGUCACAGAGGCUUCAGUUUACUCUGGAGUGUGCACAGAAGUCUUUAAAGAGGAGUAUGGGUUGUACCAGGAGAAGGUGUACUGCUUUGUGCAUCUGAGCAUCCAGGAGUAUCUCGCUGCUUUAUAUGUGUUUCUGUCAAACUCAUCAGCUGACCUGCUGAAGACUGCAGUGGAUGAAGCAUUAAGGAGCAAGAAUGGACACUUGGACCUCUACCUCCGCUUCCUCCUUGGCCUCUCAACAGACUCCAGUGAGAUUCUGUUACAAAGGCUACCGGCACAGACAAGAUUCAGCUCACAUAACAUUAAGCAAACAGCCCAGUAUAUCAAGAAAAAAAUACAGGAGAAUUUAUCUGCAGAAAGGACCAUCAACCUGUUCCACUGUCUGAAUGAACUGGGUGACAAUUCUCUAACAGAGGAAGUACAAAGAUACCUGAGUUCAGGAAGUCUUUCAGCAGCAGACCUCUCACCUGCACAGUGGUCAGCUCUGGCCUUUGUGUUACUGAUGUCAGAUAAGGAGCUGGAUGUGUUUGAUCUGAAGAAAUACAUCAGAUCAGAUGAAGGUCUUCAGAGGCUGCUGCCUGUGAUCAAGAAAUCUAGGACAGCUCUCCUGAACAGCUGUAGACUCACAGAGACAUGCUGUGAAAUGUUGGCUUCAGCUCUCAGAUCGCUGGCAGGCUGUAGAGGCACAGAAAACGGCUGUUCUUCCCUGGCUUUAUCUCUGAGGUCAAACCCCUCAAACCUGAGAGAGCUGGACCUGAGCUACAAUCACCCAGGAGACUCAGGAGUGAAGCUGCUCUCCGCCCUACUGAAGGAUCACAGCUGUAAACUAGAGAGACUAAAUGUGGAUCACAGUGCAGAGUGUAGGACCAGGCCAGGGAUCCAGAAAUACUCCUGCCAGCUGACACUGGACCCCAACACAGCAAACAGAGACCUGUCUCUGUCAGAGGGGAACAGGAAGGUGACAUGGGGGGCAAAGCAGCCAUAUCCUGAUCAUCCAGAGAGAUUUGACUGCUGGUAUCAGGUUCUGUGCAGAGAGAGUCUGACUGGUCGCUCUUACUGGGAGGCUAAGUGGAGUGGAGCUGGAGCCUGGAUAGGAGUGACUUAUAAAGGAAUCAGGAGGAAAGGUGGGAGUGCUGACUGUUGGCUUGGAGCCAAUGACAAGUCAUGGAUGCUGUUCUGUUCUCCUCACCAUUACUCUGUCCGGCACAAUAAUAAACAAACUGUCAUACCCAUAGAGCCCUCAGGCUCCCGCAGAGUAGGAGUGUAUUUGGACUGGGCGGCUGGUACUCUGUCCUUCUACAGAGUCUCCUCUGAUGGACUGACCCUCCUGUACAGCUUCACCUCCUCAUUCACUGAACCCCUCUGUCCAGGGAUUUAUGUUUAUUACACAAAUUCCUCAGUGUCCCUGUGCAUGCUGGGAUAG